AUUUUUGUUUAAAAGAUCAGUGUUUCCAUAUUCCUGCUCUCUUUGAACUUGUCCCCACAUUUCAUGCUGCCACGGACUUGUCCCCUUUGGAUAAAUCUCCACUAUUAUGGGUCCUUCCUUCCCAGAUAUCUGGCAGCAUUUCCAGAUUUCAGGAGAAGCUGAUAGGAUCAAACUGAACCCUUUGGAGUCAUUAUACUCCAGUCCAAGGACUCCAGCUUCUCCGAGGCCCAGCAGAGACACAUUUUCUGCGGAGGUCUUCUGAGCUGCAGGCCUCACUGAAGAGAAUGUGCAGCUUCUCAAGCAGGAAGACGUUUUGUGGCUGAGUCUAAAUGAAACAGAAGUUGCUUUGUGCACACACACACACACACACACCCCAGAGUAGGGAAACCGUCAUUUUCCUACUCGCCCUCUGACAUCAACCACCUUCUCUGUAGCUACAGUUUCUCUGCACUCAAAUUCAUCCCUGGCAAUGAAAAAUGAGCCUCUCCCCUACCCUUGCUGCCGCCUUUCGCCUCACGCCCCCAGAGAAGAGUUUCUUCGUGUGGCAGCCGGUGAAGGUUUUUUUCCAAGUCACAUGAUCCAGGAUGCAGGGGGAGAAUCCUUCUUGGAACAGAGAUGGGCCCAGAACCGAAUGAGAUGAGGAGAGAUAGGGUGUGCUGUGGGAAGACUAUAUAAGAAUGGACCCACGGCUGCAGCAAGCACUCAACCGAGUGGCCCCUUCUCAAGACACAGCCAUGCAUGUGCCAGAAGGCUCCGUCGCCAGCCACUUGGGAACCACGAGUCGUGGUUACUUCUAUUUCACCACGACCGUGCUGGCUUUGUGUCUCGUCUUUGCUGUGGCAACCAUCAUGGUGUUGGUAGUUCAGAAGAAGGAUUCCAUUCCCAACCCACCUGGAAAAUUCCCUCUUAAAGGAGGAAAUUGCUCAGAAGACAUCUCAUGUAUACUGGAAAAGGCUCCAUUCAAGAAGUCAUGGGCCUACCUCCAAGUGUCAAAGCAUAUAAACAAAUCCAAGUUGUCUUGGAACAAAGAUGGCAUUGUCCAUGGAGUCAGCUAUCAGGAUGGGAAUCUGGUAAUCCAGUUCCCAGGUUGGUACUUCAUCAUUUGCCAACUGCAAUUUCUCGUGAAAUGCCCAGAACAUUCUGUUGACCUAAAGUUGGAGCUUCUCAUCAACAAAGAUGUCAAAAAGCAGGCACUGGUGACAGUGUGUGAAUCUGGAGUGCAAAACAAAAACAUAUACCAAAAUCUCUCUCAGUUCUUGCUGGAGCAUCUGCAGGUCAAUACCACCAUAUCAGUCAAAGUGGAUAAAUUCCAGUAUGUGGAUACAAACACCUUUCCUCUUGAGAAUGUGUUGUCCAUCUUCUUAUAUAGUAGUUUAGACUGAACCAUUUCUCCUGGCCUUCAGGAAGAAAGCAACUCUCUACCAUACAGUAUUCAUCCAUCAAACACUUGGGCAAAAAGAAAACUCAAGACCAAGACUAAAACCACAAAGGGUAUUAAAUAACACGCUUCUCCUUCUUGUCUCUUGGGAAGAUACAGCUCCAGGGUU